AUGUUGACGUCUUUUAAGUCCCACGACGCCACGGAAGACACUGAGAUUUUAUCCGCUAAAAAUCUGACAAAACAAAACUUUGAUGACGAAGAGAUGUAUCAGAAUUACACGAACGAUACUUACGAUUACGAGGCAGAAAUCUGGAAAAUUAACAGGAAAAGAAGCAUCAAUGAUGCUGUGUCCAAAAACAUUACUAUGGUUUUGGAGAAUCUAUUGAAGAACUACGAAAAUUCCCAACUACCCACUCACGGAAAAGGUUACCCGACGGUUGUUCAAACAAAUAUUUUGAUAAGAAGCAUGGGACCAGUUUCUGAAUUAGAUAUGGACUAUUCUAUGGAUUGCUACUUCAGACAAUAUUGGCGAGACACGCGGCUCUCCUUCCUCGGCCCGAUUCGAUCUCUUUCCCUCUCUAUAAAGAUGCUGGAGAGAAUCUGGCGACCAGACACUUACUUCUACAAUGGCAAACACUCAUACGUUCACACCAUUACAGUACCAAAUAAGUUGUUAAGAAUAAGUCAGCAUGGGGAUAUACUAUACUCCAUGAGAUUGACUAUAAAAGCUAAAUGUCCAAUGGAACUCCGUAAUUUCCCGAUGGACCGCCAAUCCUGCCCACUCAUUCUUGGCAGCUAUGCCUACUCCAAUCAACAGCUAGUGUAUCAAUGGCAGAAUUCCCAGAGCGUCAACUUUGUUCCCGGCAUGACUUUAUCCCAAUUUGAUCUCAUCAGCUUUCCAUAUAGAAAUUUUACAUUCACCAGACGUGAAGGCGACUUUUCUGUCCUCCAAGUAUCUUUCAAUCUGAAGCGACACACGGGCUAUUUUCUCAUUCAAGUGUACGUGCCCUGCAUACUCAUAGUGGUUCUAUCAUGGGUCUCCUUCUGGAUUCACAGAGAGGCGACAUCAGACCGGGUGGGGCUCGGCAUUACGACCGUGUUAACUCUGUCAACAAUCAGCUUGGACUCACGAACAGAUCUGCCGAAGGUGCGGUACGCCACUGCACUCGACUGGUUUCUGUUGAUGAGCUUCUUCUAUUGUAUCGCUACGCUUCUUGAGUUUGCUGGUGUACAUUAUUUUACAAAGGUCGGUUCCGGUGAAAUAGUGAUUGAUGAUUCAGAGUGGGAAGACUUAAUCGAGGAGGUAGGUGGAGACGCCUUCGCAGCUCGACAACUGGCUGUGAGGAGACGAAGUUCAACCAGAUCUUCAAAUAACUUUAGUAUGCCCGGAAUAUCAGACAAUGAAGGUGAAGUACAGGAACAGCAAUCAGUUCGUUUGACGAUGGAUCGUACCACCCAAACGGAGGUACGGGUUCCUCAUUGGAGACAGCUACUCUACUGUCUAGCAGGAGACGAUCAAUAUAGAAGACAGCGGCAAAGAGAAGCUGGUAAUCGCGGUCACAUCAACAGUGUGUCUCACAUAGACCGGGCCGCCCGCGUCCUGUUUCCAGCCUCCUUCGCGCUCCUGAAUCUCUUCUACUGGAUGAUCUACGCUUUCUCCAACGAUACUUUCGCUUGGAGCGACCAUCCCAUCAAUACUCUAGACCAUUAA